UUUCGUGUUCUCUGUGCAACAUGUUCACAAGAGGUCUCUACUCUGGUUUCCGUCCGUUCUUACGAUUUUCAUUCACCCGAGCACUUCACACUCAGUCAUGGGAAACCUUUCUUGUGUCCAAACCCAGUUCACAUGUUCUCCACGUUCAAAUUAACCGGCCUGAAAAACGAACGCCAUGACAAAGUUUUGGAACUUUUCAAAGCGAUCAAAACGGACAAAUCAACCCGCGUUGUUGUGCUUUCUGCACAGGGCGAAAUCUUUUCUGCUGGCAUGGAUUUAACUGAAAUUCCGUCUAUUUUCGCCGAGGCACAUUCAAAUGAUGCGGCUCGUUUCGCUUUGGCUCUGCGCCGUGUUGCUGAAGACUUGCAGGAAACGUUCAAUUGGUUGGAGAAGUGCAACAAACCCGUGAUCGCCGCUAUUCACGGUGCUUGUGUCGGCGGUGCUGUGGAUAUGGUAUGUGCUGCGGAUAUCCGGUACGCGUCCGAGGAUGCCUGGUUCCAAGUGAAGGAAUUGGAACUGGGCAUUGCAGCGGAUGUUGGCGCGUUACAACGUUUGCCCCUCUUGCUGGGUAGUGACAGCCUCGCCCGUGAGCUAAUCUACACAGCUAGACGCUUCGAUGCUUCAGAAGCCCUUGCUUGUGGGUUUGUCAGCCGUGUGUUCAAAACUCCAGAGGAGACACUACGGGAGGCGAUUAACACAGCCAUCCAGAUUGGAAACCACAGCCCCAUUGCGGUUCAAACGACCAAACGCUCAUUACUAUUUUCACGGGAUCACGGUGUGAUGGAGGGAUUAAAUCAACUGGCUGACUUGAACCAAGUGAUGCUCCAGUCAGCAGAUGUUGUCAAGGCAAUCCAGGCUGCUGCAAAAAAGCAGAAGGCGGAGUUCGACGAGUGCUAACUCGCCUUAUUUGCAGCACACCAUUUUAAUGUUUUAAUUAUUACUUGUGUGAUUGACUUCCUACUCACUGCGAGUAUAAUUUUAUACUUUUGUGCUUUUUUGAAACGUGGAUUAUCCUUUUUCCGUUGUGUCGGUACAACUGGAGGACUUAUAUCGUAGUGUCA